CUGUAGAUCAACUUCCGUUAAAAAUUCGGAACUCGAUCUAUCAUUCAUUUUUGUUGUUGAAACACUGAGUUUCCUCCUGCUUAAACUUGAAGCAGAAUUAUCAACCAUAUAUUGAGAUUAUGGCUGAUUGUUUUUUGGUCCUACCACCAGUGACAAGGGACAAAGCUGUCAUUCUGGGGAAAAAUUCUCAGAGACCAGCUACAGAAGCACAGGAAGUGAUUUACAGGCCAGCUAAAAGAAACACAAAUGCCGCAAAAGUUCAGUGCACAUACAUUGAGGUAGAUGAGGUGGAGAGGACAAAUGCUGUAAUCCUCAGUAAGCCUGCGUGGAUGUGGGGGGCAGAAAUGGGCUCCAACAACCAAGGAGUGUCUGUUGCUAUGGCUCCCAUCUGGACUAAAGUGAAUGGGCCAGGUGACCUUGAGGAGCGAUUACUUGGUCAGGACCUGGCAAGGCUUGCAUUAGAGAGAGCUAAUACAGCCCAGGAUGCAGUAUUGGUAAUCACUAAACUCCUGUCUCAGUAUGGCCAGGGAGGAGCAGGGUGUGAGGAGACACAGAAAUGGGGACAUCAUAAUAGCUUCCUGAUUGCAGAUAAAACAGAGGGGUGGAUCUUGGAAACAGCAGGAAAAUAUUGGGUGGCCAAAGUGAUCAGAGAUGGAUUCUAUAACAUCUCAACCACGCCAACUAUUGGUUGUGAUUUUGAUAUGAGUUCAGAGGACUUGGUAGAGAGGUCUAUACAGGAAGGUUUAUACAUAACUGAUAGUGGACCUUUCAACUUUGCUGCUGUUUUCUCAGAUCCAAGGAGGAGUGAGGGGGACACUGCAGAUCGCAGGGAUAAAGGACGAGAGCUACUGGAAAAAUUCACAGCUAAAAAGGACUUUGGAUUGGUUGAGAUGAUGGCGAAAUUACGUGAUCAGGAGAGUAAUAUCUGCAUGUCAGGACCAUUUAUGACAACAGGAAGUAUGAUAUCAGUUAUAUCCCCUGAUGUGCCAGCAUGCCACUGGCUGACAGCCACUCCCAAUCCUGAAGCCAGCUUUUUCAAACCCUUCAUCUUCUGCCCUAACAACCAAACUGGGACUUUAACAACAUCACCAGACUAUGGCAAGAAAGAUGCAGAGAAAGUGACACCCCAGGAGCAAACUGACCGAAGUCAUCCACUUGUUAAAGGGCACAAAAAACUCCUGAGUCUCCUGGAGCGAGAUGAGCCACAAGGUCACAUGAUUAAGAAGAACCUGAGAGAACUAGAGCAGAAUUGUCUGGAGGACAUCAGGGAGGUUUUGUCACAGUUUACUGAACAAAGCUGUGAUAAAGUGGCUGCUAUUUUUAGCCAUAUGUGUAGUAUUGAAAUAAACUUUUAUAAAAUGUAAGCUAUUUGUCCAAAUGUCAGCUUUGAUUUUUGUAGUUAAAUUAAAGAAAGCUUGUAGUAGCCAAUAUUUGCUUUAUAAAGGUACCUUUUCAUUGGAAAUUUUAUAAUGUAUGAAUUUUUAGAUUACCAUUAACUAAAAACACCUCAUACUAGUACAUGUACAUGUACUGUGCAAUUUAAGUUAGAAGAUAAUUUCUUUUUGUAUGUUCUAUUUUUUUAAGAUAAUGGUAUUGAUGAACUGAAAAUAUAAUGUACAUAUGGUGCAAUCAUUGAUGAUUUAUAAAGGAUAUUCAUGAAUUGUUGUAUGCACCAAGGCCCUAAAAUAUGAAAUACACAUACAGUAUAGAUGUAUAUGAAUUUUGAUAUCACGAAAUUUGAUGAUUAGUAAACCUUAUUUUAUUAAAUAGUUAAAAGGUAUUCUUUGGUAUUUUAAAAGAAAAACAGUGCAUAAAUUUUUACACGAUUAAUUUAAUUAUACAUGUAAAUUAUAUUUUAAGCGCACCUGAGCUGAAAGCUCAAGUGAGCUUUUCUGAUCUCUUGUUAUCUUUCGUCCGCCUAUAAACAUUUCAUCUUCUUCUCAAAAACCACUGAGUCACUGUCAGUUUUAACCAAAGUUAAUACAAAGCAUCCUCUGGUGAAGGGAAUUUUUAAAUAUUAAAAUUACCAAGGCCUUUUUCAAGGGGAGAUAAUCAAUAAAAGAUAAAAAUAGGGUGGAGUCAUUAAAAAAUCUUCGUCUCAAGAACCAUGUAGAUUCUAAUUCAUUCAAAUCAUGGCCCCCCAGGGGGUAGUGUCAGUCAACAAUGAGCAUUGUGGCCCAUGGAACCCUUGUUUUCUAGUGACUUGCCUACUAAUAGUAUUUCAAGUUAGACAAAAUCUGUAAGCUGCAUUUAUAUAGGGAUGAGAGGGAGAAAUGUGCUCCUUUCACCAUUAUCUUGACACACAUUCUGUGUCAAUUCUAUUCCAUGGCCGUCUACCAGAAAAAUUCUUUCAUUCUCAUAAAUAUUAAUAAACCACAUUCCACUGAUAGUAUAAUACUCUAAAGUGUUGAGCUGAUUAUUUUGUAUCCAGUGAAAAUGACCAAUUUAUCCAGUAUUUGGAUUUAUUUUGAUGUAACUAAAGUCAAAUAUUGUACAUCAGAUUAACUUUGUAUUUCCUUAUCUGAACUUGUGAAGCUUUUAGCUUUGUAUGUACUUUAAAAUAUACCAUUAGUUUCCUCAGGAUAUAUAGCAAUUUUUCCAUUAAUCUACAAUGCAUAGCAAACAUGAUUUCAUUAUGGGUGUUGUCCUUAAAUUAAAUUUUCCAUCCAGUUUGUUCAUUUAAGAAAAUAAUUGUGUGUGUUUGUGCCAUGAAGUUGAUUUUUACAUGUAUGUCAAUUUUUUGUUUUUAAGGUUGUUGCAGUAUUGAUUUGUGCAAUAUUUAUCAUGUAUAUGAGUGCAAUAUAAUUUUUACAAGUUAAUCAUUUGAAUGAAAUGAUGGAUUCAGUAUCAUAAUAUAUUUAUUAUACCCCCCGCAAACGAAGUUUGGGGGGUAUAUAGGAAUCACCUUGUCCGUCUGUCCGUCCGUCUGUCGGUGCAAACGUGUCCGGUCCAUAUCUUUCUUACAGAGGAACAUUAGAAUCUACUACUCCACACAAAGAUUGCUCAUGACCUAAGAGUGUGUCAUGACCUUGACCCAAGGUCAUUUGAGGAAGUUCAAGGUCACUGGAAGAAAAAAAAUUCGUAAUUUGUGUCCGGUCCAUAUCUUUCUUAUGGAUAAACUUGGUAGGUUCUAUUUUCACAGAAAGAUUGCACAUGACCUAAGGGUGUGUCAUGACCUUGACCCAAGGUCAUUUGGAGAAGUUGAAGGUCACUGGAAGAAAAAUUUCAUAAUUUGUGUCCAGUCCAUAUCAUUCUUGGAUAAACUUGGUAGGUUCUAAUUUCACACAAAGAUUGCACAUGACCAAAGAGUGUGUCAUGAACUUGACCAACGUCAUUUGGGGAAGUUCAAGGUCACUGGAAGAGAAAUUUCAUAAUUUGUGUCAGAUCCAUAUCUUUCUUAUGGAUAAACUUGGUAGGUUCUCAUUUCACACAAACAUUACUCAUGACCUAAGGGUGUGUCAUGACCUUAACCCAAGGUUAUUUGGGGAAGGUGAAGGUCACUGGAAGAGAAAUUUCAUAAUUUGUGUCCGGUCCAUAUCUUUCUUAUGGAUAAACUUGGUAGGUUCUAAUUUCACACAAAGAUUGCACAUGACCUAAGAGUGUGUCAUGACCUUGACCCAAGGUCAUUUGGGGAAGUUCAAGGUCACUGGAAGAAAAAUUUCAUAAUUUGUGUCCAGUCCAUAUCUUUCUUAUGGAUAAACUUGGUAGGUUCUCAUUUCACACAAAGAUUCCUCCUGACCUAAGGAUGUGUCUUGUUCUUGACCCAAGGUCAUUUGGGGAAGUUCAAGAUCACUGGAAGAAAAAAUUUCAUAGUUUGUAUCUGGUCCAUAUCUUUCUAAUGGAUAAACUUGGUAGGUUCUCAUUUCACACAAAGAUUCCUCCUGACCUAAGGAUGUGUAAGACCUUGGGUCAAGGUCAUUUGGGGAAGUUCAAGGUCACUUGAAGAGAAAUUUCAUAAUUUAUGUCCGGUCCAUAUCUUUCUUAUGGAUAAACUUGGUAGGUUCUCAUUCACACAAAGAUUGAUCAUGAUCUAAGGAUGAGUCAUGACCCUAGGUUAUUUGGGGAAGUUCAAGGUCACUGGAAGAAAAAUUUCAUAAUUCGUGUCUGGUCCAUAUCUUUCCUAUGGAUAAACUUGCUAAGUUUUUAUUUCACACAAAGAUUGCUCAUGAACUAAGAAUAUGUCAUGACCUUGGGUCAAGGUCAUUUUGGGAAGGUCAGGGUCACUGGAAGAAAAAUUUUAUAAUUUGUGUCCGGUCCAUAUCUUUCUAUAUUAUGGAAAAACUUGAAUCUACUACUUCACAAAAACAUUGCUUAGGUUGUGUAAUGACUUUGAACCAAGGUCAUUUAUGCAAGUUCAAGGUCACUGACAGAAAAAGUUCAUGAUUCGUGUCUGGUCUGUAUAUUUAGUCUAUUUUUUUAUUAGGCUUUGCCUUUUUUUCAUUUGAGAAAAAUAUAAUGAGCAGUUAUACAUUUGCACUAAAAAUGUUUUAGCAUUUCUCUCUUCUCUUAGAUCCAUAAAAUAUUCAUGAUUUAGCACUUCUGAAAAACCCAGUGGGGGGUAUUUUGUCCCGUUUGGACAGUUCUAGUUUCAUAUAUACUGGUGCUUCUUAUUGUUUUUCUAUGGAUACCAGUGCAAUUAUAUCAUUUUUUACACAUUAAACAUUUAAAUUAAGUGCUGCAUCCAAUAUCAUUUUAUAUUUAAUUUAUUUCAUAUUGUUUUAUUUUUUUGUUUGCUUUUUUAAAAGAAUUAUUAAACUGUAAUGAUAAUGACUAUCCUUUUGUUUUCAUUUGCUUUUUAGCUUCCUAAUCCGUUUCUUCCAUCAGUGUGUACUCUGUAACUUUUUCACAUUUUCAAUGCCUCCAAAACCAAAGGGUAAUUUUAACUAAACUUGCCACAAUUAGCUUCCUUCUGAGAUUUCUUCAAAUGAAGGGCCACUUCCUUUCUCAAGGGGAGAUAAUUAAGAUAGGAUGAGGAUAUGUUGUAGAUAAAAAAUAUUAUAGUAGUUAAAAUGUAAAGUUGGCGUUGUAAUUUAGAGUUUUAAUUAAACCGUCAGCAAUUUUGAAAUUUUAGUGUGCUAUAGCUUCUGUCAUGUUAGUAUGCACUUUCUUGUUUCAUGUUAAUAAAUAAAUAAAUGUAAUAAUAAUAAAUGUUUGAAUGAAUAA